AAUCUCUAAAACCCUUUCGCUUUCUCUCUCUGUUAUCUCCGCCAUAUCCAUCCAAAUGCCUUCCUCCUCACCUCCUCCCUCUUUCUUUUUUUCCUCUCCCUCACCAAACUCUACCUAAACCUCCAUUAGGAAAAUCUCUCUCUUUCUCUCACCCUCCUCAGUAUAUUCAUCUCUCUCUCUCUCUCUCUUUACAUAUCAAAAAUGGCUUCAACGCCGCCGCAUUGCUCAAUCACGGCGACUAAGCCUUACCAGAGCCACCAAUACCCCCAAAACCAGCGCCUAAAAUCUCAGCGCAACUCCCGCCAACCCAAUCAAUGGACGACCCAACAAGUUUCCCUCCCAAAGCCUCUGCCUUUACCCUCCCAACCACCGCGCUCCGCCCCAAGGCCGCCGCUUCCCGCCCCCACCUCCUCCUUUUCAUCCCUCUCUUCUCUCCCUCCUCCAAAAUCUGAUCUUGUCACCGCCUUCUCGGGCCGCCGCUCCACCCGAUUCGUCUCCAAAAUGCACCUGGGCCGCCCCAAGACCACCGUGGGCUCCCGCCACUCGGCGCUGGCAGAGGAGGCCCUGCACCACGCCGUCCAAUACGGUAAGAAUAAUCUGGCGCUUGAUGAUGUUUUGCUUAGUUUUGAGACUAGGCUUUGUGGGUCUGAUGAUUACACGUUUUUGCUAAGAGAGCUUGGGAAUAGGGGUGAGUGUUGGAAGGCAAUUCGAUGUUUCGAGUUUGCGGUGAGGAGGGAGAGGAGGAGAACUGAGCAGGGGAAAUUAGCUAGUUCUAUGAUUAGUACUCUUGGUAGGUUAGGAAAGGUUGAGCUUGCUAAGAAUGUGUUUCAAACUGCUGUUGAUGAGGGCUACGGAAAGACCGUUUAUACGUAUUCUGCGUUGAUUAGUGCUUAUGGGCGAAGUGGGUAUUGUGAGGAGGCUAUAAGAGUUCUCGAGUCAAUGAAAGAUGCGGGCUUGAAACCGAAUUUGGUUACUUACAAUGCGGUAAUUGAUGCGUGUGGAAAAGGGGGAGUGGAAUUUAAGAGGGUAGUGGAGAUUUUCAAUGAGAUGCUGCGAAUUGGGGUUCAGCCAGAUCGAAUUACUUAUAAUUCACUCCUUGCGGUUUGUAGUCGAGGGGGAUUGUGGGAGGCAGCUCGAAACCUAUUUAGUGAGAUGGUGGAUAGAGGGAUUGAUCAGGAUAUUUACACGUACAAUACGCUUCUAGAUGCGAUUUGUAAAGGUGGGCAGAUGGAUUUGGCAUAUCAGAUGAUGUCAGAGAUGCCUUCAAAGAAUAUUUUGCCCAAUGUGGUUACUUAUAGUACUAUUAUCGAUGGAUAUGCUAAGGCUGGUAGAUUAGAAGAUGCACUCAGUUUAUUUAAUGAAAUGAAGUUUUUGGCCAUCAGUCUGGACAGAGUUCUAUAUAACACAUUGCUUUCACUAUAUGGGAAGCUUGGUAGGUUUGAGGACGCUUUGAAUGUUUGCAAGGAGAUGGAGAGUGUUGGGAUUGCAAAGGAUGUUGUGUCUUAUAAUGCACUUCUUGGUGGGUAUGGGAAGCAAGGGAAGUAUGAUGAAGUUAAAAGAAUGUACAAUGAGAUGAUAGAAGAACAUGUAUCACCAAACAUAUUAACUUAUUCAACAUUGAUCGAUCUGUAUUCAAAAGGUGGUUUGUAUGCAGAGGCCAUGAAGGUUUUUAGAGAGUUUAAGCAUGCAGGGUUGAAGGCUGAUGUUGUGCUUUAUAGUGAACUUAUCAAUGCUUUGUGCAAAAAUGGACUGGUGGAAUCUGCUCUUUCGUUGCUUGAUGAGAUGACCAAGGAAGGGAUUCGACCUAAUGUUGUCACUUAUAAUUCAAUAAUUGAUGCCUUUGGUCGGUCAGCAGCUACAGAAUGUGCAGAAGAUGCUGCUCCAGGAGGCAUUGUGAUACAGACCGGAUCUUCAUCUACAGUUUCUGAAAGGAAGGUCUUUGAAAUUCAGGUGGGAGAUAGGGAGGAUAACAGAUUUAUGAAGAUGUUUGGGCAACUUGCAGCUGAGAAAGCAGGUUAUGCGAUAAAAGAUAGGAAGGUUAGACAAGAAAUCUUGUGCAUUUUGGGAAUCUUUCAGAAGAUGCAUGAGCUAGACAUCAAGCCGAAUGUUGUCACAUUUUCUGCCAUUUUAAAUGCGUGCAGCCGUUGUAAUUCAUUUGACGAUGCUUCAAUGUUAUUGGAGGAACUCCGGUUGUUUGAUAAUCAAGUUUAUGGGGUUGCCCACGGACUUCUUAUGGGUUACCGGGAUAAUGUAUGGGUUAAAGCUCAGUCUCUGUUUGAUGAAGUUAAGCAGAUGGACUCUUCGACUGCAUCUGCAUUCUAUAAUGCUCUGACCGACAUGCUAUGGCACUACGGACAGAAACAAGGGGCACAACUGGUUGUGCUUGAAGGGAAACGCCGAAAUGUAUGGGAAAGUGUGUGGUCUGAUUCGUGCUUAGAUUUGCAUCUAAUGUCUCCUGGGGCUGCCCGGGCAAUGGUUCAUGCAUGGUUGCUCAAUAUACGCACUAUAGUGUUUAAAGGCCAACAAUUACCGAACCUGUUAAGCAUUCUAACAGGAUGGGGGAAGCACAGCAAAGUAGUAGGUGACAGUACCUUACGACGAGCUAUUGAGGCACUUCUUACUAGCAUGGGUGCACCCUUUCACGUUGCCAAGUGUAACUUGGGUAGGUUUAUAUCGACGGGCUCUGUGGCUGCUGCCUGGUUAAAAGAAUCUGGGACACUGGAGGUGCUUGUUCUUCACGAUGACAGGACUUACCCAAAAGGUGCACAUUUGGACCAAAUCUCCAAUUUUCAAGCGCUAGCCUUGUAGUUGUUUGUAACAUAUGCAAAUUUUUUGUAUUCUUGUAAACAUGUUAACGAAAUGUAAUAUAUUUGUAUCAUAAGUUGUAGCAUAGCGUUUUAGACGGCGCUUUCUCU